AUGUAUUUUAAAUAUCUUUAUUUUUCAGUCUAUUUUACUCUCGUUUAUCCUCUCCCCACUCGUCUAUCCUCUCCCCACUCGUCUAUCCUCUCCCUUCUCGUCUAUCCUCUCCCUUCUCAUCUAUCCUCUCCCCAUUCGUCUAUCCUCUCCCCAUUCGUCUAUCCUCUCCCCACUCGUCUAUCCUCUCCCUUCUUGUCUAUCCUCUCCCCACUCGUCUAUCCUCUCCCUUCUCAUCUAUCCUCCCCCAUUCGUCUAUCCUCUCCCCACUCGUCUAUCCUCACCCCACUCGUCUAUCCUCUCCCCACUCGUCUAUCCUCUCCCUUCUCGUCUAUCCUCUCCCCAUUCGUCUAUCCUCUCCCCACUCGUCUAUCCUCUCCACACUCGUCUAUCCUCUCCCCACUCAUCUAUCCUCUCCCUUCUCGUCUAUCCUCUCCCAACUCGUCUAUCCUCUCCCCACUCGUCUAUCCUCUCCCUUCUUGUCUAUCCUCUCCCCACUGUCUAUCCUCCCCUUCUCAUCUAUCCUCUCCCAUUCGUCUAUCCUCCUCUCCCCACUCGUCUAUCCUCCACACACACGUCUAUCCUCUCCCCCACUCAUCUAUCCUCUCCCUUCUCGUCUAUCCUCUCCUCGUCUAUCCUCUCCCCACUCGUCUAUCCUCUCCUUUGUCGUCUAUCCUCUCCCCACUCGUCUAUCCUCUCCCUUCUCGUCUAUCCUCUCCCCACUCGUCUAUCCUCUCCCCUCUCGUCUAUCCUCUCCCCACUCGUCUAUCCUCUCCCCAUCUCGUCUAUCCUCUCCCUUCUCGUCUAUCCUCUCCCCACUCGUCUAUCCUCUCACUUGUCGUCUAUCCUCUCCCCACUCGUCUAUCCUCUCCACACUCGUCUAUCCAUCCCCACUCGUCCCUCUCCCCUUCUAUCCUCUCCCAUUCGUCUAUCCUCUCGUCUAUCCUCUCCCCGUCUAUCCUCUCCCACUCGUCUAUCCUCUCCCUUCUCGUCUAUCCUCUCCCUUCUCGUCUAUCCUCCUCCCCCUUCUCGUCUAUCCUCUCCCCACUCGUCCAUCCUCUCCCUCUCGUCUAUCCUCUCCUCCUCGUCUAUCCUCUCCCCACUCGUCUAUCCUCUCCCUUCUCGUCCAUCCUCUCCCCACUCGUCUAUCCUCUCCCCACUCGUCUAUCCUCUCCCAUCUCGUCUAUCCUCUCCCUUCUCGUCUAUCCUCUCCCCACUCGUCUAUCCUCUCCCCACUCGUCUAUCCUCUCCCCACUCGUUUACUCUGUCUCUUUCCUUUUUCUACCUGCUAAAACCUCCUUUCAUUAA